CGUACGUUCCUUGAAUUUGAGACUGUUAUUUGCAAGUAAAGCCAUUGAACAGCAUUUAAUGUAAAUAAUGACAACCGACGAGAGUAUUAUGACCGAAAUGCUGGAUCGUGCAACGAACCCGUCAAAAGAGCAAGUCGAUGAACUGGGCGUGCAAAUGUUUUGCAUUGUGGUCCGCAGCAAUAGCCAACUGGUGCACAAGGCGCAGGAAAUGAUUGUGGCCAAAGUGCGGUCGACCAAUGUAACCGAAGCCCAUCGAGCAAUUGCGCUGCUGGAGGAGUGCAUGACACAGUGCGGCAAUGAUUUCCAGGAUGAGGCUGGCAAGUUUCGCUUUCUCAACGAACUGAUCCGUCUGGUGUCGAAGAAAUAUCAAGGCGCCGAAACGCCGCUGGUGGUGAAGCAACGCAUCAUGGAAUGCCUUCUGCUGUGGACCACCGAGUUUCCGCAGCGUCUCAAGAUACGGGACGCGUACGAGAUGCUGCGCAAGGAGGGCGACAUUGAUCAUGGCCAAACUGCCGCUGCAUUAGCCAAGCGCGAGAGUGUGCUGAGCACCAUUGAUGAGGCAAUGUUUGCCAAGUUGAUACGCAGCAAAGAUCCGGAGAAUUUUAAGCGAGCCAAUCUACUGUUGCAGUAUCGGAUGGCGCAGGAGGCUCGACGCAACGAUCUGCUCGCCCAGCAUCGUCUCGUCCUGCUUGAGGUGAAGGAGACAAUAAAGCUGCUCAAUCAAAUGCUGGACACAUACAAUCCCGGCAAUCCCAGCGAUGUCAACGAAACCAUACACGAUCUCUACAAGAGCUGCAAGAAACACAAGCCCAUCUUUCAGCAUCUGCCCGAGCUGCUGGGCGAGUCCGAUGCUCAGCUAAUAGAGGACACGCUGGAGACAAAUGGCGAUCUGGUGGCGAUAAUGACGCGCUACAAACAACUGGUGCCCUCGCCCAUUAGGAGCACCACACCAGCUUCGCCAGCUGCUCCGCCAGCAGCAGCAGGAACAAUAACAACAGCUGCAGCAAUGCCAGCUAAAGUAGCUGGCUCCAGCAAUGAAACGCUGCUGAAUGAGCUGCUUGGCGAUCUGUUGCUUGGCGAAGAUGCACCAGCUGCAGCUGCCACUGUUCCAGCAACGAAUGCAACCACUAAUAAUAAUAAUACUAAUAACAAUAAUAAUAAUAAUACUAACAAAAAGCCCAAUGCAUUGGCGGAGCUCAGCGACAUCUUUAGCAGCGCUCUGGCCGAGAUUGAGGACAAGCAGCAGCAAAGCUCGGAGCACUUUCAGCAUGCCGGCAGCGGUGAACUGCUCGAGCCACAGGUGCUCAGUCCCAAGAGGAGCGAUAGUAACAGCGAUGCCAUUGCAAUGGAUACGAGGAAAUCGGGCAGUGUACGCAAAAUGCCUGAAAUUGAUAUGCUGAGUGAGGAGCUGUUUCAGCAGGUACUUCCCACACAGGAGCGGAUGAGCAGCUUUAAGCGAGAUCCUGAGAAGAUAACACUCAAUGAUAUGGCGCGCGAGCGCAUGCACGUCAAGCCUGCUGAAGAUGAUGUUCCACUGCUGAGCUCUGGUCUGCCAGCAGCACAACCUCCCACAGAGAAGGAGCAGCAGCAGGCGCAGCAGGAGGAAGAGAAGGAGGUGUCUGUGGCGAUGGCUCUUGCAGCACCAGCAUCAACAGCAUUAGAAACGAAACAUCUGAGCGAGAUAAAUAUUGAGCUGGAUAAUAUUCAAGCGACGGGGGAGGAGCGUGUUGUGCUGGACGAUGAUGAUAUGCAUUUGUGCCUCAACUUUACUAAGGAUCGGCCCAGUCGUCAUGUGUCCGUUAUUGUGAUAUCGGCACAUAACAAAAGCCGCCAGCCAGUCAAAGACUUCCAGUUUGAGGCGAGCGUGAAAAAGCCCUGCAAGGUGCGCCUCUUGCCACCGACGGAUAACGCAAUGGCGCCCCUCAAACCAUUUCGGCCCGCAUCGCCAAUUAAUCAGGUGAUGCUGCUACUGAAUCCCACUGGCAAUCCCGUGGAUAUCACCUGCAUUGUGGGCUACAGACUGGGCGAUGAUCCAGAUCCCAUCAAGGAGUCAAUUGUGGCAAAAGGCAUUGCCUAUGUGCCAUAGAUGUCAAUUAAAUGUGUCCAAGUCGGAGAACUAUCUGUAGUCAUUAUUGAUUUCUCUGUCUCUUUCUUUCUUCGUAUUCGAGUAUUGAGCUCCACCCAAAUCAGCUAUUAUUAUGUAUUUUUAUGUACUUAUCGUUUAUUGUAUGCCUAUAAGGUUUUAUUAAAUUGCAUUCCCUCAUG